AGGUAAAUAACACCCUUAUGCAACUGGUACUAGUUAGCACACUCGGCUUCCUCCAGUGCUGCGUGACUGGACAGCUCUGCCUGCUUGACUGUCUCCUUUUGGCAGGGGAAGGCCAAGAAACCGCACAGCUUCUGCGAGCCUCCCUGCCGGACGUCUACCUGCCUCCUGGACCCCGAGGAAGCGGACCCUACUCACCUGGUGCCAAUUACUGAAUUGCUAGCAGAGUUUCUCAGGCAGCGUGCAUCUCUUUGGGCUGACUUUAUGCCCAUGCCCCGGCCAGAGACCCCCUCCACAGCACUGGGGAAGACUAAGGAUCUUAUAAAGCACGGGUGCGAGAGGAUAGAACAGACCAUCAAGGCCUCGGGCUCCAGGCUGUGCUCCUAAAAACCAGCUCCCGGGAACGAGAGAGGGCCAAGCUACAAAGUGUCUCUUUUGGUUCCUUCCUGCACCUGUCGAUCCAAAGUGCCAUUUGGAGCUGGUGCUUGGAACCACCGCUGAGCACAGCUCUUUCCUAAAAGAUGCCCCAGUGCUGAAAGAGUUGCCUUCUUAAUGGACCGUUCUAAAAAUCCGGAUAACAGCCCCCAGCCUCUGACACCGACUGACAACAUCAACCUUGGCCCUUCUGCUAAUCCAAAUGCCAAGCCAACGGAUUUUGAUUUUCUGAAAGUUAUUGGCAAAGGAAGCUUUGGAAAAGUUCUCCUGGCCAAACGCAAGUCUGAUGGGAUGUCUUAUGCUGUGAAAGUCUUGCAGAAGAAAUCCAUCCUGAAGAAAAAGGAGCAAACCCACAUUAUGGCGGAACGCAACGUGCUGCUGAAAAACGUGAAACAUCCUUUCCUGGUGGGCCUCCACUACUCUUUCCAGACCUCCGAGAAGCUCUACUUUGUGCUAGACUAUGUCAAUGGAGGAGAGCUCUUCUUCCACCUGCAAAGGGAGCGCUGUUUCUGUGAACCUCGUGCCCGCUUUUAUGCAGCUGAAGUAGCCAGUGCAGUAGGGUACCUGCAUUCCUUGAACAUAAUCUACAGGGACUUAAAACCUGAAAACAUCCUCCUGGACUGCCAGGGACACGUAGUGCUGACAGACUUUGGACUUUGCAAAGAAGGAAUGGAGCCAGAGGAAACGACAUCAACUUUCUGUGGCACCCCAGAGUACUUGGCCCCAGAAGUGCUAAGAAAACAACCCUAUGACAGAACAGUAGACUGGUGGUGUCUGGGAGCUGUCCUCUAUGAGAUGCUGUUUGGGUUGCCUCCCUUUUACAGCCAGGAUGUGUCUCAGAUGUAUGACAAUAUUCUACACCAGCCACUCCAGAUCCAAGGAACCAAGACCAUGGCAGCUUGUGAUAUCUUACAGGGACUGCUUCACAAAGACCAGAAGAGGAGGCUGGGGGCCAAGAUGGAUUUUCUGGAGAUAAAGAAUCAUGUGUUCUUCAGCCCAAUAAACUGGGAUGACUUGUAUCACAAGAGGAUCACUCCUCCCUUCAACCCCAAUGUGUCUGGUCCUGCUGAUCUGCGACAUUUUGACCCAGAGUUCACCCAAGAAGUGGUCUCGAGCUCCAUCACCCGGACUCCUGACUUAGCAGCCAGCGGCUCCAGUGUCUCAGAUGCUUUUUUAGGGUUUUCUUAUGCACCGACUGAUGAGGACUUUCAGGUUUUUAAAUAGGACUGGGGAAACCUAAUUUUAACUUAUGAUCUUAUUUUUAAAAGUGGCACUGUCCUCUGCUCAUGACUGUUAAAGAAAUUUGGACAAGCACACUAACUGGCAUGGACCUGAACUCUUUCACUGUAAUGCCCAACGCUUUUCCCUUUCUCUGGCAGGGAGGCUGCUGAUCAUCCUAGUUGGAGAUUUUACUCCUACAGAAUUGAAGUUAACUCCAUGGUCUUAUUUAUGUUUAGAAGCAUUCAUGCCAAAACCACAUCUCAGUACACUACAUGUCACUUACCCAAUAACAACUGGCCUACUUAUUUUGGAAGUGUCUGUGUAACUGUGCCUCGUACAUGUAGCUAGUCUGUCUUCUCCCUCUUGUCUGAUUGCUCCAUCAACGGUGAGGAGGAAAUCUGUUCACACUACGGGUAUGUCUACACUAGAAAUGCUACCGUGGCUCAGCUGGAGCGCUGCGGUUACAUCACUGUAGUGUAGUCACAGCAAUGGAAGGAGUUCGUCUGUUGCUGUAGUAAAAUCCACCUCUCCGAGGGGCAGGAGCUAAGUCAAUGAAAGAUGUCUUCUGUGGGAGGGCUGUCUACACUGGGGCUUAGGUCGACAGACUUAACUAUGUUUCCCAGGGGUAUGAAAAAUUCACAGCCCUGAGUGACAUAGCUCUGUCAGCCUAAGGUUUAGGUGUAGACCGGGCCUUUCUUUAUGCUGUGACGAGUCACUGUGAUGGGAAGAUGGCAUAGGAUUCUUUACUUAAAUAUGCACAUCCAGCAAAACUCCCUGAACUUUCCUUAGUAACGUGUGUUAACAACAAGCCAAAGGGUAACUGACCGGUACUAAUGUGUGUUUAGUAAUAUCUUCCCUCCCUUCUUUUUAAAGGAAGGGCUAGAUCCUUAGCUGGUGUAAAUCAGCAUAGCUCUGUUGACUACAGUGGAGUGACAGUAAUUUACACCAGCUAAGGAUCUGGUUUGGAGUCUUUUUGACAUAGCCACUUCACUCAAGCUAUCACUUGACAAAUUUGUGCAUAAUCUGAGUGUUGGACUAACUACAUUCCACCCUUCCAGGCUGGGAGCUCUGCACCCUAGGAAUGAGAACUGGUUUCCCGCCAGGAUUAAAGAAUUCAGAUCUCCCAAGUAUGAAAGUGCUCCAAAUCCUACAUGUAGUAGUACCUACUGAAUACCCCAUGGGCAACCGCCAAUCUGAGUGCCCAGAUGAUGUAGGUGGGAGGUUUUUUUGAAAAAGGCUCCCAAAUUUAAAUGGAAUCUGAUAUAUGUGUGUGUGUGUGUGUGUGUGUGUGUUAAAGGCUAAUUUAUUCAUUCUGCCUUAAUUUAAAUGCUGGUGUCUGGGUUGUUUUUGUUUUUUAAAUGUUAUUCAUAGUGUUUUGAGACUCUCCUCUACUUGUUCACACAUGGACGAUAUUAGCAUGAAAAACCUGGAUUUCUAAAGACUGGUCCAAAUGAGCAUAUUGUCUUCUGCUCUAGAAGCUCUGUUAACAGGCUGGAGCACUGGUGAUACUUGCAUUGAAAAGAGCACGGGAACUUUUUUUUAUUCUUGCCCAAUUUUACCUUUAUUGUACAUACUGAAGAUAUUAAUAAAAAAAGUCCUAUUUUAAAGUGAA